CCUAUUCAGAUAAUUUAAAAACUUCAACCUCGAACGGUAAUCUCAAUCUAACCGAAUAUGAAAUGAAAUGUUCCUUUCAUACAUUCAUAUAGUGAUGCAGCAUCGCAUUAUCGAACAAUGAAAACCGGUUUAUUAGAAUGUUCGGAAUGUAGGCCGGAUAAUUUUUACCUCAGCCAUUCUUGUGAAAUCGAAAUUUCUUGUAGGGUCCCGCUAUCUUCCGCUAGAGGGCCAAAAGACAUUCCUGUGCGGCCAUUUAAAAACGAACGGGAUAAAGUGACGUGUUAGGGGUAUGUGCCCUGUCGAACAUAUUUGUUUACAUAUCAAAACGUGUGUUGAUCGUAUUUUGUAACUGAUAAACCGUGAUCGCGAUGCAUCCAAGUCGGCGUAGGAAAAAGCGGCCAAACUACGGCUUGAGAACCGUUGAAGUGAUGCGGGGACCAAAUGGAUUUGGAUUCACCAUUUCCGGGCAACAACCCUGUAUUUUGAGCUGUAUAGUCAGCGGAUCACCUGCAGAUCAAGGUGGAUUAAGGGCUGGUGACUUUCUUAUCUCCGUUAACGGUGUAUCAGUGUCAAAGGUAACACAUGACGCUGUGGUGAGUCUCAUUGGAAACUGUGUCGGCCCUAUCAAGAUGACCAUUGCUGAAAACUACUACUCUGACAGUAGCGAUGAGGAACUCGAGUGUGGAAGAGUCAUGAAUAGCAGAAAACCGAAAUACAUGCAUAAACCACGACCUAGGGCUCAUAAAGGCGACCUACGUCGAACAGCUGUAGAAACAAAUGAAAAAAACAAUUGCAAGUCAAGGCAAGCUAAACAACCAUUGAGUGAAAAGCCUCCUGAGAAUGAGUUGAACAUAUCAGGCCCUAUGCCUAUGGAAGAUCAAGCGGGUCCUAUAGAAUACAGAGCUCUAGUUGGAUAUUUAGGCACAAUCGAAAUGCCAAACCAACUAUUGCCACAUAAUCGACUCCAAACUGUCUGUAGUUGUAUCCGCAAGUUAAGACAAGAAAAAAGGCUACCCACAGCUGUUCUAAUGACAAUACUCCCCACAUGCUUGACUCUAAAAAAUGCCUCAAAUCAUAUCCUUGCAAUCUACCCAACCAACCGUGUUACAUAUGUUGGUACCACAGCUGAUAGAGAAUCGAGAUAUUUUGGUUUGGUAACUAGUGCUACUUGUGAUCUAAGAAACAUUGUAAAUCUUGAGAAGAGAUCAUCCAGUACUGGUGAGAAUUGUGUAGAGAUUUCAAACAGUUGCCAUGUUUUUGUGACAGAUCCUAAAAUUGUGGACCACAAUGUGCAUAAAAAGAAAGCAGAACUCUUUAAGAUAACUUGUACCACAAACCCAGUUACUGGAAACUGCCUAGAGUUUCCACAGAGUGCUUUGUACGUAGUUAGUUUGAUUCAAAACAUGUAUAAAUUGCAAAGCAAUCAUAAAAACAAUGGACAUAUCAGCCCAGUUAUUGCAAAUUCACCUCAACCAAGUGCCUCUAGUAAUUCAGAUUCUGGUAUAGGGUUUAGAGAUGAUUGUGGUAAUAUCAGUGAUCGUAUCUUGGUUGUGGAAUUUCCUAUGCAUCGUCCUUUACCAGUACUGAAUAGUAAUAAUAGACCCACUGCAAUUGAUGCUGCCAAUGUUAAUUUGGAAGACUUAGAUGUACCUUUGGCAAAAGAUCAAAGCAGAUGUCUACUCAAUAAUGUGAGGAGUCAAAAGCAAGAUAAUUUGAAUAAUAUUAGAGCAUGUGAAGGGGUUAAGAUAAAAAACCAGUUGGACAAUUUUAAUAAAACAGUGUAUUUGUCAAAAUAUAACAAUCAUGGAAAUCAAACAAAACUGAUUACUAAACCUGUGUCUUCAAAAGCUACUAGAACUGUAUCACCAAGCAGUUCUGAAGACAAUACCAAAAUUAGAGACACAGAUUUUUUUCAAAAACAUCAUGAAAGAACUGUGGAUGCUUUACAACUGAUACCUAAUAAAAAAUUAUAUGAAAGCAUGUCCUUGAACUCAAUUACUGAUUGUGAAUUUAUAGGAUCAACUGACAAUCUUUCAGUCCACAGUUCAAAAAGUUUGGAGCUUUCCAACUUGUUCAAUGUUUUUAAAGUUCCAUUUGACAGAAAGAUCAAACGACAGUUGAAAAAUGCAAAUAGUUGUGACAAUUUGGACAAAUACAAUGAAAAUAUUUUAAACUAUAAACUGGGCCCAAAAACUUACGGAAUGUCCAAGCAGAACUAUAGUUGUGAAGAACUGAAUGCAGAGCUUGUAGAUACGAAAACUUUUGGGAGCUUGCAAGAUUUGAGUAGCUGUAGUGAGAACAUUGGGAAGAGGAGGAACAUUGUAGCACAGAGUGAGCCUGAUAUUAGAGUUUCUACUCCUACGACCAGCAGUACCUUCAGUUGGAUGGGUGUUUAA